AUGCAUCCUAUCCAGACAACUGGAGGCUCUAACCUCAAUAUAUACAUUGCAGCACCUCCAAUAUGGACAUACGUCGCAGGAGACACCAUAAUCGGCAGCGUGAAUCGCCACUUGCACAUCGUGACCCCGGACGCUAAGAUUUCAGUCACAUUGAUCGGACGCACAAAAGCCCGCCUAAUAACAGCUGGCUAUCCAUCGAAAACAACAUACUACGGCGACUGGGAGCUUUUUAACCUACCACAAACAUUGUUACGUGGACCUAUCCACAUACCCUCACCCAGCACCCAAACCGACUGGAUCAACAUCCCCUUCUCAAUCAAUAUCCCCGAAGCAGCUUCGCUAUCAACAAUCCACGACCACGCACAAGAAGAGAGCUUCAUCUCACUAGAGGCAAACAUCAUCGCACAACACCCGUUACCGGGAUCGUUUUCCACCGAAUGGACCGGAGCCAAGGUCUGCAUCGAGUACUAUGUUCAGGCGCAGCUGCAGUAUAUGCACAAUGGCUCGUGGCAGGUCGAACGUGCCACAGCACCCAUCACGCUGGGCUACCCGACAGUAGACGCGGAUGAGAUCUGGUUUGCGCAGCAGCGGUGUAGCAUUGUGAGCCGGGUGCGCAGUCAGCGAUUGCUUCCGUGGAUGCGGGAUGUGGAUUUAUCCUUGAUGCAGAGAACGCAGAAGAUUCUUGGGUUAGCUUCUGUUCCCGGAUUCAGCUUUGAAGUUGUGAUGAGUGUGCCGGUUGCUAUUCAACUUAAUAAUUCAUCACCGAUUCCGCUUGUUAUCAGGAUUAUUCCGCAGCGGGAGGGGAGUAGUAGUGCUAUUUGGGAUGUUGUGCAACGGGUCGAUGUUACUGCGAUUAAGAUGACUAUUCUUUCGAAGGUUGAGAUUGUUCUUCAACCGACCGUCGAGAGCCUUUAUAGGGUUCCUGAUGAUGAAUAUGUUUUUGUUCAGCAAUUGGGUCUGGAGAAAGCGUUUGAGCAGCUUAAGGACCCUGUUGUGACUUUUGCUGGGCCAGCUGAUACACCGGUCGAUAUUGGAAGGGUGCUUCGGCUUGUUCUUAGAAAUGAUGGUCUGAUGAGUGAUGGGAGGUGUCUCAGUCGGCUGGCUAGCAUUCAGCCUAGUUUUGUCACUUUCAAUACCAGGCUGAGUCACUCGAUAAUAUGGCAGAUCUCUGUAAGUAUUGCUGGGGAGACACGAACUGUGUCGAUGGAGACAGCGGUCACUGUAUAUAACAGUGCCUCCAGGUUGUGA